AUGGCUAGAAAAUUGAAAGGUAAAGUGAACUCAAAAGGCUUGAAAGCUGCAUUAUUAAGGCAACAGUCUCAAGAAAAAUUAAGACUGAAACAGAAAAAGAAAGAGCAGGCGGAAAUAAAGAAGAAGUCUCAACCUCCAAAGAAAAUAGUCCAAAAUCAAGAAGCGCAAAAAGCUGAUUUGCCUACAUUUAUUCCCUUCGAACGAAAUGAAACCUUAUUAUUAAUUGGUGAAGGUGAUUUUUCAUUUGCUAAAUCGAUAAUAGAGCAAGAUUAUAUAUUACCUGGAAACUUAAUUGCUACAAGUUUCGAUGCAUCUCCUACUGAAUUGAGACUGAAAUAUCCAAAUACUUUCGAAGAAAAUUAUAAAUUUUUAAUUAAUGAAGGAGUCAAGAUACUUUUCAAAGUUGAUGGAACUAAAUUAAUAAAAUCUUUAAAAUUAUCAAAGAAAACUCCAUGGUCUAAAAUUGUUGGUCCGGCUUGGAAAUCCAAAUAUUUAAAUAAUAUCAUGUUCAAUUUUCCACAUACUGGUAAAGGUAUUAAGGACCAAGAUAGGAAUAUCAAAGAUCACCAAGAACUAGUGUUUGGAUACUUCGAUAGUAGUAAACAAUUAUUCAGCUUGAUCAAUAAGCCACUUAAGAGUGCUACAUCUGGUUACACCCUUGGUUACUCUACGGAAAAGAAUCAAGACUCUGAAGGUAUCAGUUCAGAAGGGUAUGGCAAAAUAAUCUUGUCUGUGUUUGAUGGAGAACCUUAUGAUUCAUGGCAAAUUAAAAUGUUGGCGAAGAAGAAUGCGCUACAUGUUGAACGUUCGAAUAAAUUCCAAUGGGAAAACUUUCCUGGAUAUCACCAUAGAAGAACUAAUAGUGAACAAACCACAACUAAACCUGCAGAAGAAAGAAAUGCAAGAAUUUUCAUAUUCAAGAAAUUCGAAAAGGCCAAACAUAGCAAAUCUAAAAGGAAUAGAAACAUUGACGAUGAUGACAGUGAUGAAGAUGAGCGUUAA